AUGUCUUUUUGGGUACCCCAGCCACUAGGCGUCUCUUUGCCUCCUGAGGAUCCCAAUGCUAUCUCCGUAUCGUUGCCCAAGUGGUCUCAUGUUGUAGGAUAUGAGGAGGGAAAACCAGAAGUGUUAGAUGCCUUAACAUGUGGCUAUCCUCGUUUUUUUCGCCAUCCACUGGUAGUGGCGCUCGAGACGUUUGUGCAGAAUCAGAUUUUCUCAGACGAUGAUAUUCAUAUGUGGAAGUUAAUGAUUGUACCAACAAUUGACGUAGCACAACGUCUUGUAGACUUUUUAGUCACUAGUACUUCUGAUUCGAUCAAAUAUCAAGAUGUAUCAGUACAUAAUGUGAAGAAUAUGGUCCACGUCGUACGAUUUCCACGCUCUAUUAGCCAUACAGCAAAGCUAUUUUGGCAGCAUUCAGGAGAGAUUGUAUCGUCACGACAUGCUGAGAAACUACUUGAAGCGCUUAAGAAUAAUGACUGUACAAUGAUUCCAGUACUAGGACAUACUCCCAAGCAUUUAGCGCUUCGAAAACGAGUGGCGGAGCUUUAUUUGACGUCUGGAGAUAGUACAAAGGUGGCGCUACAUCAAACAGGCAUGGCUGCUAUUUUUUCAACGGUGAGGUUGUUACAGAAGCUGCGAGGAAAUGACCUGAAGAGUGUCUUAGUGGGUUUCUCGUACGUUGAUACGCUCAAGAUAUUGUCGAGAAAAGAAUGGUGUUCUCAUGGUGUAUACUUUUACCCAACGUUUGGAGAAAAGGAGAUGCAAGAGAUGGAAAGUAUUGUGGCAAAGGAAAAGAUACUUGGCAUUUGGACCGAAAUGCCCAGCAAUCCUUUGCUGUCUGUGCCAGAUCUCAAGAGACUAGCUAAGUGUGCUCAUAAUAACGGAACUGUGCUCGUCGUAGAUGAUACGGUCGGAUCGUACAACGUAAACGCAAUGAAACACGGCUGUGCGGACCUGGUGGUCACGAGUUUGUCCAAGAUGUUUAGCGGCACGUGCAAUGUGAUGGCAGGCAGUGUGGUAUUGAACCCUGAAAGUCCGUUGGCAAAGGAGCUGGAGUCCCUUUUUGACCCUGAUGGUGACUCGUUCCUGGUUGAAGCUGACGUUGACAUUUUGCUUGAAAGUUCGAACAACCUCGCGGAGCGGCUUGCAAAGGCAAAUGCGACCACUGUCGAGAUCGUUCGUAGAUUGCUCAAUCAUCCAGCUGUAAAAGAAGUUUACUAUCCGAUGCUUGGCGACGCUAAGAACAGGUUUGAUCCUUUUCUGAAUCCAUUGGAAGAAAAGGACAAGCCUCGCUAUGGCCCUGUGUUGUCAAUCCUGCUACACGGUGGUCUGGAUCCCGCCAUGGCUUUUUACGAUGCACUGAAGAGUGCCAAGGGUGCGAGUCUCGGCACAAACUUCACACUGUCUUGUCCAUAUCCGCUGCUCGCUCACUAUGAUGAGCUGGAUUUUGCGGAGUCUUGUGGCGUUGAUCGUAACCUCAUUCGCAUUUCCAUCGGCCAGGAGGAUUGUGAAGUUAUUUGGGCUGAUUUUAAGCAGGCUUUAGAUAUCGCAAGUGCCUUAAGAACGUCUGAAACUACGGCAUCCAAGUAG